CUAUGAUUUUGCCUUUUGAGCUCAGAUACAGAGAUAGGUUUUGUAAAUCUAUAUAACCCUGUCUACCCUCUGCCCGUUUCUUCCUGGAUUCUUGGAAUGAGAGUAAUCCUCAAUUCAUACGCGCACGACCAUAUAAGUCCUACUCUGAUAGCAUAGCUACCAGCAUCCAGUUCGUCUUGCAGUCAUCCUCUAACGAAGGCUCAGAUUUGGCUAUACAAAAUCAGGUCCAACGAUAUCCCUACUAAAUCAUACCUUAGGUACCUAUACCUAUCACGAUUUACUUUACUCUUUAUUCUUCAUCAUGGAUCUCACUAGCUCGGCCGACACGUCGCUCCAGAAGGUCAUCACGACCCGCCAGUUCGUCUUGAUGGCCCUCAGCAGCUCCAUCGGUGCCGGUGUGCUCCUCGCUACCUACUCCAGUCUGGCAGUAGGAGGCUCCGGAUCACUCCUCAUAUCUUUCACUGUAGUCGGAUUUGCCGUGUGGAUUACCAUGUGCGCUCUCGGUGAGCUCUCGGCCGCAUUCCCACUUAGUGGCUCCUUCUACGAAUAUUCAGUGCGCUUCAUCUCGCCGGCAUGGGGCUUUGCCAUGGGAUGGAACUACGUCAUAAACUUCAUCUUCAUUGUCGUCUUCGAGCUGGUGGUCAUGCUGCUUUGCACGCGGUAUUGGGAACCGGACUUGCCAGCAUACUAUGUCCUUCCGGGGUUCAUAAUCGGGCUCGUCCUUGUGAACGCGUUUGGCGCAAAGUGGUAUGCCGAAGCAGAGAACGUUUUCGCGGUCUGCAAGAUGUUCGUUCUCACGGCUUUUAUUAUUGUCGCCGUCCUCAUCGUCACCAAAAACAUUCCGGCUGAUACCCGACCCGCCGAGGAGCUCGGGGUUAACUUGUGGACGCAAAAUGCAUUCAGGCAUGGCCCUAUCGGAUUUCUCUAUGUCUUUAUGACUGCCGGGAUGGCAUAUGGAGGAACUGAGAUGCUUGGUCUCACUGCCGCCGAGUGUGAAAAGCCUCAGAAAGUCAUGCCUCUCGCUUGCAACAUUGUACCAUUCCGAAUUAUUUGGCUAUACCUGGUUCCUAUCUUGAUGCUCGGCAUGGUACUUAAGGUAUCCCUUGACGACAAGGUUCAAUCUGGUGGAAUGAGUCCCUUGGUCGCUGCGAUGGAUCAAGCCAAUAUCCCAAUACUAGGUAGCAUCUUCAACGGCAUCACCAUCAUCGCUAUCUUUUCUAUGGCGAGUGCUAGCGUUUUUGCCUCGUCGCGAGCUCUUCAAGCCAUGUCGGCAAGAGGAAUGGGGCCACGCCUCUUCGCAAAGAUAAAACGGGGUUACCCAAUCUGGGCACUGGCAUUGGUAUUCUCGAUUUCGCUGCUAUCGUUCAUCACACUAUCCAAAGACGGUGACAUAGUGUUUAACUGGCUCUUGGCCCUGGCUUCUGGCUCAAACUACUUUACCUGGAUUUCCAUCUGCGUAUGCCACAUCCGACUCCGGCUUGCUAUACGUAGAAAGGGGCUGGAGAAUCGAGAUGUACUGAAGUGGCAGUCCCCACCUGGAAUCGGCGGAAGCAUGAUAGCGAUUGUAAUAUUCGUCUUUGGUCUCGCAGCUCAGAUUAUCGCGGCGGCGAAGAGUCCGCUCCCGAGUCCCCCUCAUGUUCUCUCGAGCUUUCUAGGAAUUAUUGUUGUUUUCAUAUUCUGGGCAGGAUAUAUGGUACUCGGGAAAAGUGUGCUUUUGACUCCCCUCGAUCAAAUCGACCUUCAAGCUAAGGCGACGGAACCAGUUGAGAAUGGCGAGAGAGUCUAAAUCACUGGAAACGGAAUGUCGCAUAAUUGUUAAUGAUAUAUAUUAAUAUGAAUAGAGGAUGGUAGUAAUUAUUAUUUAUAUAUCUGUCUGUGUUUACUGUGAUGCUUCGUCUCUCAUUGAAAAUGUAGAUGGAUG